AUGCACGCGGCCGAGGCACCCUAUUAUAAAAUCAAUCGAGUUGUUCUCAAGAUACUCGGCUUGUGGCCGUAUCAGCAAUCACGUCUAGUACGAAUGCAGAAUGUGCUGUUUAUCGCUAUUCUUACAUCAUUUAUCGUGGUACAGUUACUGGUGUUGGUUAGGACACAGUACAACGCUAACGUUCUCUUCAGUGUUCUCUCGUUCACGUUCCCCAAUAUCUUCGUCACGAUUAAAUAUUGCCUCUAUGUCAUUCAGGCAAAUAACAUCAGAUAUAUCUUCGACAGAAUUCAGUACGAUUGGAACAUGUUAAAGAGUCAGGAGGAACUGAAGAUAAUACAAAAGUACGCAGACAACGCGAGAUUGUACACGAUCCAAUUUUUCUCUUUGGCCAUUUUCUUUACACUGGCAUACGUAGUGAUACAUUGUAUACCGAUUAUGCUCGAUAUGAUCAUACCGAUGAACGAAUCUCGACCGCGAUCGCUUCUAUUUAUAACGGAACUCUUCGUCGAUCAAAAUACGCAUUUCUACACUAUUUUAAUGUAUUACUGCUUAACUAAUUACGCCGGUUGUGUCACGAUUGCGGCCAUUGCGACGAUUCUUGUCGCGUAUGUACUGCACACCUGCGCUCUGUUCCAAAUCACCAGGUAA